CAGUUGAAAGAAAAGCCAUUUUCUGAUUUGCGCUUGAGAAAUAUAAAUUACUGGUUCAUUUAAGAAUGCCUAUUCCUAGUCUGAUUGCAUUGCUAUUUUACUGUGUGACCAGCUGAAAUCAUAAACUUUUAUCCAAUAUUUAUCUUGAAUGGGAUUUGAGUAGGAAAUAGGAUGUAGAGAAAGAAGGCAUCAGUGGAGUCCUGUCUGUCAGAUCAGGAACCUGAAAUCAUAAACUUUAAUCCAAUAUUUAUCUUGAAUGGGAUUUGAGUAGGAAAUAGAGAGCAGAGAAAGAAGACAUCAAUGGAGUCCUGUCUGUCAGAUCAGGAAAAUCCAUGGAGUUUUAUGUCUUUCCAGUAUUUCCUUAAUAUCAUGUACUUACAUUAGGGUUAUUGGAGUUCCAGGGUAUUCCCACUGAGAUUGCCAGUUCAGUCUACUUCCAUUCAACUUCAUUAUGCAGCAUUUGAAAUUGCCAGAUCAUUCAGUGAGCUCUGGGAUAUUUCAAGGCUGAAGGUGCAUUUCUUCUCCCUUCAUACAGAGAAGCAUACUAGCAAAACUGCAUCACUGUGUAGGAAUCAUGGUGUUUGAAUUAAGCCUAUACUUUUAUUGAUGAUACAGACUUUUAGGGACCCUUCUUUGUCCUGCUAGCUUAAACAUGUAAGUAGUUAUUGUACUUCAGAGUUGAUUGCUUUGGGGAAAAAAACUGGAAUGAGAAUUUAACUUUUUUUCCCUUUAUUCUGUCCUAUAUUUGUUUCUGUCAAGGCUCUUCAGGUGGCAAGGCAGUUCCUUCUGCAGCAGGCAACAGGGCUGACUUCUCCUAGCAGCAAUGAAAAUAAGCAGCCGGCUGUUCAGGUUCCAGUGUCUGUGGCUAUGAUGUCUCCUCAGAUGAUCACACCGCAGCAGAUGCAACAGAUUCUGUCUCCACCCCAGCUUCAAGCCCUGUUGCAGCAGCAGCAAGCAAUUAUGCUGCAACAGCUGCAGGAAUAUUACAAGAAGCAACAGGAACAGCUUCACCUGCAGCUUCUGACUCAGCAGCAAGCUGGAAAGCAGCAAGCCAAAGAGCAGCCAUUAGGGAAUAAGCAGCUGGCAUUCCAACAACAGCUCCUGCAGAUGCAGCAGCUGCAGCAGCAGCACCUGUUAAACCUCCAGCGACAAGGGUUGGUCAGUUUACAGCCAGGACAAGGCACCGUUCCUCUGCAGACCCUUCCACAAGCUGUGUGUCCCUCAGACCUUCAGCAGCUGUGGAAAGAGGUUACUGCUACUCAACCCGUAGAAGAAAGCAUCAAGCAAGAGGGACUUGACCUCAGCACCAACACUUCGAAUUCUACCUCGUUUUCGGCUGCCAAGGUCUCUCCUCCAAUUUCCCAUCACCCUCUCCCCAAUGGACAGAACGCCAUGCUCGCACAAAGGAGGGACAGCUCUUCUCAUGAGGAGACUCCUGGCUCACAUCCCCUGUAUGGACAUGGGGAGUGCAAAUGGCCUGGUUGUGAAACCCUCUGCGAGGACUUGGGACAGUUUAUCAAACACCUCAAUACAGAACAUGCACUUGAUGACCGGAGCACGGCUCAGUGUCGAGUUCAAAUGCAAGUGGUACAGCAGCUGGAAAUACAGCUAGCUAAAGAAAGUGAACGUCUCCAGGCGAUGAUGGCCCAUCUCCAUAUGAGACCUUCAGAGCCAAAACCCUUCAGUCAGCCUCUGAACCUGGUUUCUAGCGCUACACUAUCCAAGAGCACUUCUGAUACCUUUCCUGAUGGAUUACCUCAUCCCCCCACCUCUGCUACUGCACCCAUUACUCCAUUGCGACAGGGUCCUUCUGUUAUCAGCUCCUCCACUUUACACAAUGUAGGGCCUAUUCGGAGGAGAAACUCAGAGAAGUUCUGCACACCAAUUUCCUCAGAACUUGCACAGAAUCAUGAGUUUUACAAAAAUGCAGAUGUCCGCCCUCCCUUCACAUAUGCCUCACUUAUCCGACAGGCUAUUCUUGAGACACCUGACAGGCAGCUAACAUUGAAUGAAAUCUACAAUUGGUUCACACGGAUGUUUGCCUACUUCAGGAGAAAUACAGCUACCUGGAAGAAUGCUGUACGCCACAACCUGAGCCUGCAUAAGUGCUUUGUGCGAGUGGAAAAUGUCAAGGGAGCAGUGUGGACAGUAGAUGAACACGAGUACCAAAAGAGAAGGCCACCAAAGAUGACUGGGAGUCCAACUUUAGUGAAAAACAUGAUUUCUGGCCUUAGUUAUGGAGCACUUAAUGCCAGCUACCAGGCAGCUCUGGCUGAGAGCAACUUUCCUCUUCUGAAUAGUCCCACCAUGAUCAACACAAGCUCCACUAGUGGCAUGCUACACAUAGGCCAUGAUGAUGUGAGCAGCACUGUAGAACAAGUCAACAGCAAUGGCAGCAAUAGCCCCCGGCUUUCACCACAGCAGUACAACCAUCAAGUACAUGUGAAGGAAGAACCAGCUGAGACAGAAGAUGACAGCAGACCUGUUUCUCUCAUGGCAACUACCAAUCAGAAUGUGACGAUUCCUGAUGACAGAGACCUGGAGGAGGAACUGCCAGUGGAAGACUUGUCUUAAGGGUCCUUCAUCUUCAUGUAGGGCCCAUCAUUACCCAGAGACAAAGCAAUGGCUCCUGCCUCCUCAAGGUGACCUUCAGCAUUACUUGGUUAAGGCACUUCUGCAAAGCAAAAGGGUUUCCAUGAGUCUACCCAUUGCUGAAGGCACACCCUUUUUUCCCCUUUUUACAUCCCAAUGACUCUUAAAAGACAUUCAGAGAGGGGGAUGUGCAAAAAAAACAAAACAAAAACCAGAGUUGAGCUUUUUCCUUUUCUUAUUUUUUUUUAAAUUUUGUAAUUGGUAAACGAGGAUGGUAGGUUGUUUCUGUCCGAAGACUUCUUUGCUGCCUCCCCUCUCCAUACCCCCGCCCUCAUGGGGAUAAAAAAGAAGCUGUCUUGUAUUGUCUGCUCUGUGUUUUGUCAUUUUCAACUCAUAUGCCUGGUUUCCACAAAUCAAGAUUUUGGAAGCAUCCAGUUCAUUAAGGGGCAGUAUCAAAGCCAAAGGCUUCAGUCAAUGUCCCCUAUUUUCCCAUGGAAAGCAUUUUCAAUAGUUUGCCAGUAAUCCCACUGAGAACUUUGCACUAGGAGGAAUCUAUUCACACUCUUUCUUACUUUCACACAUGCACUGUCUCUGCCUCUCACACACAUACAUCCUUGCCACUCUAACACCACUUCUGAGUACUGGAAGCAAGAAACAAGAGCUCUGCCAUGGUCCUAAUGUUCCAACUUCUGUUCAUUUUCUGACUGGGCAAAAAAUGAAAAACUGACCUUGUUUUAUUAAAUACAUUAUACGAUAGCAAGGGGUCACUGCCACACAUAAAACCACUUGGUUAUUCUUUUUUCAACCUGUGUUUGUGUCCUUCCAAAUUCAAGAAGCAAUCUUCUAUCACCAAUCAUGGUUGACAGCCAGCCUUCAACUCACAAAGCUUUAUUCACCACAAAAUCCAGGGAUGAAUGUCCAUUCCCUGCCAUCACAUAUUUUUAAAUAUUUCCAGAAGCCAACAUAUGGGCAGUCGGCAAGCAAGCUAAUGGGGCCCAGCUUGAGACUGAAUCAGGGAGAGACUUCUACAAGAUGAAUCUUUUGCUUGCUUCUAUCAGCCUCCAUUCUGUUUCUUCCAUUCCAGCAAAUACUGAAGCCAGAAAGCAUGACUCCUUAAUUAUUUAUGUGGGCAAAUGGGAAGGUUUAAGAGGUAUAAAUGGAGCUGAUUUGGCAAAGCCACCAACAUCUAAAGCACUUGGGAUAGGAAAAGGGGGACAAGCUAAAAUAUAUGGCUGUAGAGAACAGACAAAGAUGGGUUGACCACACAGAAUUCAAAGCAAUAUACUGUAAAUGUAAGAUAAGUAAUUCUUUACUUUUGUGACCAAACACAACAAAGCUAUGAAGAAGCACUCAGCUUCCUAUAACAUCCUUUAGUAGAAAUAUAUCCUAUCUCACAACUCUUGUGCUACUCAUUAGUUCUUAGCUGUAAGCCAAUGUGGAAGGAAAAGUUGCUUUCAAAAUGUGAUUCCAGGAAUUAAAUGUGUCAGAUGAAUAGUGUUGACCCAAACUCUUCCCAGUAUACUUUGAUUUUUGUCAACUCAUUGUCUGCUGCCUCACAUCAGAAUAAUUUUUUAAAAAUCUAAAGAGUGCUUCUCAUGACAGAAAACAACAGGUUUCCAAAGGCUAUUCUGCUGCUCCCCCCAUGAAGGGACAACCCAAAUGCUCCUCCCUGAUUAUUGAGACUUUAAGAGUUGCUCAUUGAGAAAUUGGUUUGGUCACUGUAUGACCAGGAAUUCAACAUCUCAAGGAAGAUGGAUACAGUACUAAUGUUUCUAAAGGAGUCUUUCAACAACAGACCCACACAUGCUUCCCUCUCCCAUCAGUAAAUCUCUGAAAUUUAUUUUCAGACCUAAUUGGGAUAUAGGAGUUCCUCCCAUUAUUUUGGAAGACAAGGUGAUCCAGGCAAUUUGAUGUUUUUUAAAAUGACAGCUGUUCCUCCUCUUCUAUAUUCUGUAGCCCAUGAAGAAAAUAAAUCACCACAGCCAUGUUUGAAUAGUCAUAUUCAGCAUUGAUAAUUAUGCUAAAUGUCCUCCCCAAAUUAAGAUGGUCAAGAAUAUUUUGUCAGCAUAUUUCUGAUUAAUCUUAGGAUUCCUUUCUACUAUUCUGAUUUUCAUGGUUAAAUAAUGCUUUUUCAUUAUUCCAAACACUGUGCAGCUCAUGGCAGUUGGUAAUAUAUGACACAAAUCCUUUUGCGGGGGGGGGAGGUAUUCUGUAUUUUCCUUACAUGCAGAAUUGCUCCAUUUGUCUCCAAUACAGUGCAUUCUUAGUUCCCUUUUCAGCAGCUGGCAAACCAUGAUAACAGCCCAUCCUUUUUUUUUUUUUAAA